AUGCCCGAGCACACCUACCAACCAACCACUGGCGUCCCAUCGGGAGCAGCCGAGACAGCGGCUGCGAUCGCGUUCAACAAGGAUAUAGAGCAAGAAGUCUCGCAUAUACCAGGAGCCUAUCCAAAAGACGAGCCAUCCACUUCCAAGUUGGCCUCCACCCGCGCAGCUUCGACGGCCACAGCGGGGGCCUCAGGGCCGGCAUCAGGAGCCAGUACAUCCGUUGGGAGUGGGCUGACAUCAACGCGAGAUGAUUUCGCGGCACCCCCGUCGACACUGACAACCAAGGAUUCUCCAGCUGAUCGAGAUGCCGAAUAUGGUGAGGCUGAGAAGACGAAAAUACCCGGGCAAGCUGCCACCGCCCCCGCAACGGUCGGAACAGCCACUACAUCACCCGACGACGGGUCUAGCCAGACAGAAGAACCCAGUACUUUCGGCAAAAUUCUGGGGGCAGUCGGUCUUGGUUCAGUUGCUGCAGGUGUCAGUGCAGCCUUGUCCGGGUCAGGCGAGGAGGAGAAGCCAAAGACCCUGACUGAUCACCCGGAGCAGCCAACCACGACUACAGGCGUAGACUCUUACACGGCUCCCACAAAAUCUGGCCCGUCUCCACCAUUUCAUCGCAAAGAGAGCAUUCCCACCACUGCAUAUCCCCAAGGAGAGUCAUCCCCUGCUCCCAUCAGUCCCCCGGUUGGUGGUACCAAGAAGCCAACCACUACGACCGGAGUGGAUACUUACACCACUUCGACGCGCUCUGGACCGUCUCCUUCACAUUAUCGCAAAGAGAGCAUUCCUACCACUGCGUAUCCUCAUGGCGAAACAUCUCCUACUCCGAUCAAUCCGCCGGUGGGUGGCACUGCAGUCGCUGCAGACGCGUCUGAGGUGCCUGAUUCUCAUAUAGGCCGGAAUGUUGGUCUUGCCGCUGCUGGCGUUGGCGCAGCCGCCGUUGGAGCUCAUGAAUACAACGAGAGCAGAUCUCAACCUGAAGAUGGCCUUGGCCGGUCAAGUGGCUCAGCAACGAUUCACUCUCUGAUAACGUCAGAGGGCCCAUCUGCACCUAGCCAACAGACCUCCGGCAUGAGAGAGAACUUCGAUUUUCCAUCAUCCACCGCAGCAGCUUCCAGCCAACCGGCUCCCCUUUACGCGCGACAAUCUGGGUCUAUCGAACCAGAGCACGAAUCGAGGGAAUAUAGCAGGGCUGGUACCGCUGCAGGUACUGGUAUUGGCGCGGGUGCAGCCGCCUUUGGGGCUCACGAAUACAGUGAGAGUAAAACACAGCCGGAAGACACCCUAGGAUAUACUGGUGUGUCUAACACCAGUGGGUACAGCACUACUUCAAACGCACCAUUCGCGUCCAGCCAGCAGGCUCCAGGCUACCGACAGGGGCUUGAGGAGAGGCCUAGAGAGACCACCAGUUACGUUGAACCGUCAACUAUGCAAACACAACCAUUCACGACAGCAGAAGCCGAGGCCGAACCCAGAGGAUAUGGCAAGGCCGCCACCGCGGCAGAUAUUGGCGCUGGGGCGGGCGCUGCGGGAGUCUAUGCCCUGGAGCGCAAUAACGAGCCAGACACCGGUGACCUCUCACGAGGUAAACCGUUUUCGACUACGCCAGCCACUAGACAAGCCGAGCCCUACCCAGCCAGUGAAGAGGCUGUCCCCUCCGCAUACUAUCAACCUGCAGUCUCGACCAAGGACAGGACUAUGACCGAGCACUCGGCCCUUCCCACCACUCGCCAAGAGCCCGCGGCCUCAGCAAAAGAUAUCAAUGCCAGUAAACCUGCCCCUGCUGCUAUACCUGCCUCAGAGAAGGAGACCAAAACUGCCCACCCAGAGAAGAAUGAGAGUAAUACAGAUCGUAAUGCUGCUGUCGCUGGUGCGGCCGGGGUCGGGGCUGGAGCUUAUGGCAUCCAUGAGUACAACGAGCAUGAAGCAGAGCAGGAGGCUGCCAGGGCAGAGGCUCAGCGGCAGAAAGACAUCGCUGAACAGGAAGCAGCGCGUCAGCGGCAGUUUGAAAAGGACCAAAAAGCUGCCGAGAAGCGAGCUGCAAAAGAAGAAAAAGUCGAGAAGCAACAUCAAAAGGCCUUAGAGAAAGAGGAGAAGAAGCAUCAGAAGGAGCUGGAGAAGGAUCAGAAGGAAGAGACAAAACACCAGAACGAGUUUGAAAGGGAGCAGAAUGAGCGGGAAGAGAGAGAACGCCUUGAGGCUGCAGAGGCUGAAAGAAGGCGACAUGAAAAAGAAGCCGCUGGUGUCGCAGCUGUCGGGACAGGUGCUGCUGGCACUGCCGCGUACGCAGCUCACGAGAAGGAGACCACUCCCAAGACCUCACAGGACACAGAUCGCAAUCGUCUGCACAAGGAUCCUCCUCAGAAGAAGCCCGGCAUCCUGAAGCGCAUUUUCAAGCGACGCGCGAACAAGGACACUGGCGUGGACGAAGAUUACAGCACGGACGAGGAGGAUGAGCCUCAUCAUGACACCCACCUCGCUGGAGCAGGUGCAGUUGGAGGCGCUGGAGGCGCUGCCGGCACUGCGGCUGCAGCUCACGAGUCCCACAAGCCAACCGACGCCGGGACUGACUACGAAGGCGGUCAAGGCACCCGAUUCUUGAAACCGUCCUACAAUCCUCUUCAUAAAGAUGACUUCGCUCCUGGCACAGCCGAGACUCCGAUCGCCGACAACCUCGCCCAGGAGCGCCAGGGAUAUCAUCCGUCCGCCGGUACAACUGGCGUCAACGAUUCUGUAACAUCCUCGUCGAGAUACCCAGCAGGUGAAAACACCUCUGCUAUUCCAUACGAGCCCAAGAAGGACCCUGAAGCCGGAAAACAUCUGGAUGAGCUCGAACAACAACAACAACAUCAUCAGCCUGAACGUCAAGGUGGCUUGGCUCACCGUUUCAUUGAUCAGUUGAAGCCUCUCCCAGACCCGAACAAGGCCGCUGAACAGCAUGGGCAAGAGUAUCAGCGCUACUAG